AUGUGGAGCAGACUCAUCAGGUCCAAGACUUCUAAGUGGCUUUCAGAAAAUCUUACAGAGAUGGAACGCAACGUGAGGCAAAUGCAGAAGCUGAUUGAAGAGGAUGGAGACUCAUUUGCACAAAAGGCUGAGAUGUAUUACAAGAAGAGGCCAGAGUUGAUUUCUCUAGUUGAAGAGUUCUACCGUGCCUACAAAUCCAUGGCUGAACGUUUUGAUCACAUAAACACACCUCGUGAUCUUCAAUCACAGGCUUCUGGUGUUUCAGAUUAUGGCUCUGAGCCACCCUCUUACAUGUCUUCUCCUAGGAAGAUGGGACGUCGAAUAUCGACGAAUCGUGCCGCGGGAUUCGAUGUUUUUCUUGGUAAUUCUGGUGGGAAUGUGAAUGGUUUUGAUGCAUGUCAAAAGGAUGGUGAUGGUUCUUCUAUGUUGACAGAUACUGAUGAGGAUUAUGAUGAUGCUUCAUCCAUGAACAGUUUUUCAGGCUUCUUUGGGAAUGGAAAUGAUAAUCAUAAUAGUAGUAUCAACACAAGGGUGAUGGAGUUGGAGAUUGAGAUACCACAUGAUCAGGGGAAAGAAAAGCAUGAGGAUCAGGAACGUGUGAAGAAUGGUGAAUUGAGAAUUGAGAACAAUGCUGAAGAUUUUCGUGUCAAGGUCAAUGCAUAUGAACAAGAACUAAGGAUUGUGAAUGAGAAGUUGAGGCUUUCAGAAGAGGAGAUAGGUAAACUGAAGAUUGAACUUGAAGAAUAUAGGUCAAUGAAAUCAAAGAAUCUGAAGGGUGGUGUUGGAUUAUCUUCAACUGUGGAAGGGGUCAAGGUAGGAGGAGAAGCCUUGGAGUUGAAGAAACUUAGGGAGGAACUAAGGGUGAACAAAGACAAGCUUGAGUCUUCAGAAAUGCAAAUUGUUUCGUUGAAAUUCGGGGCUACGAAAACAUUUGAGACUAUUCAGCAAUUGCAGGAACAGCUUGACUUGUAUGAGAAGGACAUUGCAAGUUGGAAAACAAAGUUCAACUCUCAGAAAAGAGAGAAUUCUAAACUCCAAGAAAGGCAUGCAAGGAUGAGGACUAAUGUAGCCGACCGGGAUCACGAGGUUAGAGAUUUAAAAGGUUCUCUAUCUGAUGUAGAACAGAAGAUGUUCUUUGAGAGAGCAAAUAUGAAGUCUGAAAUGCCCAAGUUGUUGGGGGAACAGACUCAUUUGGAGGAGAAGUUGAAAGAACGGGAAUUUCAUUGCCAAGCCUUGGAAGAUGAGAUAAAAAAAAUCCACUCUGAAAAAUUAGAGAUGGGAGAGACACUCAAAGGUGAAAUUGAGAAGUUAAAGGAAGAGAUUGAGUCAAGAAAGAAAAGCAUAGAAGAUGCAAAUGUAAGCCUAGAUGCUUUGAAGUUAGAGAGAAAUGAUCUCAAAGAAGAAGUUGGUUCACUCAAAGAAGUGGUAAAUUCAAGAAAUGAUGAGGUUGAAGAGGCACAUAAACAAGUGGAGGAACUAACAUCAAGAGCUAAGAAACAAGAGAAAGAGAUUGAGAAACAAAAGGUUGAGAUCUUAGAAGGAGCUGAAGAGAAACGUGAGGUCAUAAGGCAACUAUGCUUCUCACUUGAGCAUUACAGAAAUGGAUACAAUGUACUUCGGCAAGCUUUCACAGGACACAAGAGGGUUCCUCUUUUGGCCACCUAA